AUGACGCCCGGACCUCAGGCAAACGCCUCUGCGGACUUGCUAGAGGAGCCGUCAGACGGCCUCGAAGCGCAAAUCGAGACGAUGCUGCAAGCAACCUACAAGACAACAGAAAUCCAGAGAAUCGUAUCGGAAAUCGACUACUUGACGCGCAAAUUAAACUACGAUACGACGAAGCGUGACAAGGAGAGGAAAGAACAGCUAAAGCAUCUGACAAAGAUGUUUCAUCAUCUGAGGACGUCCGCUGCAAUCGCAUGCGAGAAAGAAUAUGACGGGUCUGCUGACUACUGGGCCGAUUUAUUCCAGAAAGUGAGCGAAUUCUUCCAGGAGCCAGGCAAAAUCGAGAAGUGGGUGCGUCAACAGUACAAGCCGAGCGAGACCACUCAGAGCAAAGGCUCGCGUUCCUCCGGUGUCGACUCCUCCUCGCCUCCGACUCCACCGAGCGAAAACGGGAAGCGGCCUCCGGAGCUCGAGAGCGGCAUAGUCCAUGGGAAGCCCCUCCGUAACGAAACCGUGGGGUUGGAUAAGAGAGGACACCUAGUGGAAGUCGAGUGUGUCAACACACAGGGUGUAGAGGCAGCGCCGCCACGCUACGCCGACUCCCUUCGGAACGAUCUCGUCACAGCUAGCUAUGACGAACAAGUCUGUGGCACGAGCAUGACCUCAGGCGCUACUGUCAAAAGCGAGCCAGCCAAUCUUCUUCAGAGUGACCGCACAAUGGAUACCGUCAACGCGGACACCGCUUCGCAGAGCGAGCCCGCCGAGGACCAAGGCGACGAUGUCGAUUUGGUCAAGGGCGUUGCCCACCUGGGCUUGUUCGGCAAGAGUGAGCCCGAAGUGGGCGGAGUCAUUGGCCGCCAUGCCAAUGAGAACAAGCUUGUCCAGAUUGAAUAUGGCGUGAGCGGCGCCAUGCAAAAUUGUGGUACUGACGCAAACUCUCACCAGGUACAUCUUGGCGUCGGCAAUACCACGCAAGGCGAUGCUAUUCAAGACGAGUGCAUCCAGGACGAAGGUGUCCAGAACGAACCUAGCCGAGACAAACCUCAUGGCAACAGGCUCACCGAGAGCAAACCUGUCGACAAUGGACUUGCCGAGGAAGUCUCCAUGACACACAAUGGCCACAGAGACAAGACCGUCGAAGACAUGUACAACACCAACAACACUGUUCAGACCACGUCUUCCGGGAGCGAACGCAUGGUACACACUGCUGCUGGCAUCAUCGACAUCGCUGAGGCCGAAGCACCAGCGAACGAAGCCAUACACAUGGAGUACGACAUUUCGGGUGUAAAACUGACGGACUCCAAGUCCUCGAGUCGUUGCCCAGCCAGUGUUGAGCCUCGAGAAACCAUUCCCGGAUGUAGUGUCAUAAAGCCCAGGCGCCUCAUGGUCAGUGUCCCCCUGAGGAAACCCAUCAACAGCAACGAUGGACCACACAUGCUCGAUCUUGUCGGCUCCGCCCAAACUAUGACAAUGGAUUACUUUGAAAUCCAGAGCGGGCCAGGAACACAGUCCGAUGCGAUAUACAGUGUUCAGAGCAGAACAUCCGAAGAUUUCGCUCAUGGAUCUGCCAUCGACGAUGGUAGUUGUGCCCAAAGUCAGCCUGCCGCAGCCGCAUCAUGGCAGGGCGAAUUCGUCGAUGAACCGGCCGCGCGCCAUAGCAACCGUGAUUUUGCUGAGUUUGGAGCCGUUGAAGAUACUGUCAAUCGCGAGAUCUCGCAGCGCGAAUCCUCAAAUAGCAGCGUUCCAGACAGGGCAUCUCGUCAGCUUGGGCUAGCUAGGCACGCAACGGCUGAAGCCGAGCCUGCUUCGACGAAGCUUGUUGGCAGCGACCAGCCUGGGGAACUUCGUAUAACACGCCAUACCAUGUUGUCGGUUAUUGACCCUGAUCUUACGACGGAUCAUCUUGCAACCAUGCACCCGAUGUUGAGUUCAGGAGAGACUUCUCCUAUAUCGCCCAGGAAAGAAAGUAUGUCCGAUGGGGAGUUGGAGUCUGGUUUUCAUGCUGGCUUCGGUCUCCGUCUUUCAAGCAGUGUGCGUCCGCUGGAGGUUUUCUGUUGGCCGAGUGACGAGGAUCGCGGUCCGUACGUUGUGGUGAUGUUCGAGAGGCAGCUUGGGCUGAGCGCAGCUAUCAUCGUCAUGAUCGGGUUCUCGCUCUACUUUGCCUAUCUAUGGUGGGUGUGA